AUGGUCAACAUCGCAAAACGCAUACGAAGCUUCCAACCUCUAUGGCGAAUACGAAAUGGGCAAGGCGCCGCCGUUCUCCCACCACCACCAUCUCCUCAAUUAACCCAUCUCCUCCUCCGAUUUCCUCGAGGAGAAUGGCGCAAACCAGUACAUGGCCCAAGAUUAUUUGCGAACGAGCACCUGCCACGCCUGAAAUAUCACAAUCCUGCUCUACCGAUCAGAGUCGAGACCUUUACUAGGUCACAGCUAGAGGCAACUUUUGAAAGCACCGACCGGAGUACAUUAGAGGCCUUGGAAUCUAAAUCAACUGAUUCCGAAUCUAAAGCGGAGAAAUUCAACGAAGAGUGGUCUAAAAUAGAAUCAAAACCUCAACUGGCAGCCGACCCUAGCGCGCCUUCAUCUACCUCACCUCCGGCCGAAAUCUUUACGAGACGCGCCACAGUUGACAUUGCGGGCAAGCGGCCUGCACAGAUUUGGCACUGGUUUCAGAAGACCACUAAAUGUGAAGAUAUCCCUCAAUCCCCAGAAGACGUGGAACUCAUGAGGCGGCUCAACGCAUUCUUCCAAAAGGCGGAAGUAGACAGAAAGCGUGUGCAGGUCGGGAUUGAUGAAAUGAGAAAACAGAAGGAGGACUUGCGGAAGGCCCGGGAAGCAGCUGAAAGACUCACGAGCGAGACAUAA